CGCGUAGCAGUUUCCGUAUUGUGAAUACUGACGAAGGAUGUGACCUGUUUGCAAUCAAGAAAACCGACUUAUUUCAGUUAGGUCGGAAAUAAAUACAGAUCUGCUGGGGAAUUUAUGACCUAUAAGACAUGGCUGAAGGAGGGAACCAACCUUCUAUCCAGGAUGGUUCCGAUGCCGAUAUUGCCUUUGCAUGUACGCCGUGUAGUGAAGAGGGAUCCAGAGAAGAGGCUGUUAAAUAUUGUCCGGAAUGUGAUGAGUACCUUUGUUCAACAUGUUCAAGAUGUCACCUUAAGAUGAAAGCAACACGUGACCACAAGCUUGUAGAAAAAGAAAAAGGGAAACAUGAGUCAAAGAUCGCCAAGUCAACGGCGAAAAUAAAGUGUAGACAGCAUCCAGAUAGGGAUAUUGAAAUGUAUUGUGGGACACACGAUAUGGUCUACUGUCUGAUGUGUAUUGCCACAGAACACAGGUCCUGUGGUGCUGUGACCAGCCUAACAGAUGCGGCAGGUUCUAACUUUCACCAAAAUGACGCGAACUGUCUACAAGAAGAAUAUGUGUCUACCAAAGAGGUUCUUACAGUCUCAGAGAAAGAGAAAAAGGAAAAUCUGAACUCAUUAGAAGAGAAGAGGAACACAAUCGAAAAAAGACUCCAAGAAAUUGAAGAGGCUUUGAUAGAGCAUAUCAAGAUGCUUUCACAACAAGAUAAAACGAACCUCAGUGAAAUAUAUUUUAAGGUGAAAGAUAAGCUUGAAUCAGAUAUCACAAUGCUGAACAGUAGAUUAUCAGAAAUGGAGAAAGUAAAGGGCCAGCUGCAUGCAACGACUGAAGUUAACCAGGAAAACCGGUUCGUUCAGUUCAAACUUUGCCAGCAAAUUAUAAAUGACGCAAAAAACUUACAUGCACAGUUUGAAUAUGAUGGUAAAGUAUCAAUUGACUUUACAGAAAAUAUAAGGGUUACUGGACCGUUAAUGGAAGUUGACAGUUUGGGAAAAAUAAAUGAAACUGGGAUAUGUAAAAAGAGAGAAUUAAGACACCAGAAAGAGAUAAAUGUUAGAAUACAGAAUGAUAAGACCCUAUGCUACCUAAUCGAUGUAUGCCAACUUGACAGCGGAGAUUGUAUUUUAGCCGACCGAUCAAAUAAAAAUGUAAAAUUGAUAGACACCAAUCAGAAUAUAAAGUCUCACUUUGACCUUGGAGUUUAUCUAACUGGAAUUUGUAAAACAGGACACAACGAAGUAGCAGUGAAGCUGGAUAAUGACAAAAUAGACGUGUUAUCAGUAGGUACCUAUAUUUUUAAAGUAAGAAGUAUUUCUGUUAAAGGAGGAGCUGGGUAUUGGGGUAUUGCUUACACAAAUGGAAAGUUUUGGGCAUCGACUGGAACCGCAGUUGACGUGUAUGACAUAAAUGGAACCUUUGAAAAAUCUAUCUCAUUUGCGAAAGGUGCUGUAAUAAGACAAAUGACCGUUUAUCAAAACUCGGUAUAUUUGACUGAUCGUAGUGACGGCAUUGUCAUAUUGACGAGCGAUGGUGCAAAACAAACUAAAUUUCAAGAUAGUAAACUGAAAUGUACAGUUGGUGUGUGUAUAUCGAACGAUGGUACAGUAUAUGUUUUAGAUGAACCUUCCAUCACUAUCGUAAUGUUCAGUCAAGAAGGGAAAUGUCUAGGACAACUAGUCCCGGAUAUACCCAGCGGGAAACGUCCAGAGUCACUUUGUUACGAUAGUAAAAACGAAUGUAUAUUGAUAGGUUAUCAGUCGUCUAAUACUGCGACUGUGCUUCAUCUUAGUGACUGAGGACUUCUUCUCGGUCAAGAAAUCCUACUACAUAUAGACAGGUUACUAGAUAAAGUGAGAAGACGUACGUAGAGAAUAAGGAACAUAGUUACAAUUUAUUCCAGUUACAUUACGAAUAUAGCCGUUCUCGCGUUGCAGUACAGUAAUGAUGUCACACAUAAAUUACUAACAAACUCUUGUACAUAUCUUUCUUUAUGACUGUAUGAUUUGUUUCAUGUAAUACAAUGUAAUUCAAUUCUUCAGCGUAGGAAAGUAUUUAAUAUAUCGUCGUUGAUUCUCAAUGUGAAGUAUUGAGAAAGCUGGGUAAAAGGAUAAGCUUAAAACCCGGAUAUAAUACGCAAACAUUGUUUGUUUAUGGAAACGUACAAAAAAAUGGUAGGGUGCGUAGUAAGGCGUUUUAGCUCACCUGAGCCAAAGGCUUAUGGUGAGCUUUUGUGACCGGUCCGUCGUCCGUCGUCAGUCGUGUGUCGUCCGUCGUGUGUCCGUCAACAUUUUCUAAAAAAAUUUUCUUCUUGAAAACCACUGGGCAGAAUUACAUAAAACUUCACAGGAAUGAUCCUUGGGUGACCCCCUUUCAAAAUUGUUCAAAGAAUUGAAUUCCAUGCAGAACUCUGGUUGCCAUGGCAACCGAAAGGAAAAACUUUAAAAAUCUUCUUGUCCAAAACCACAGGGCCUAGGGCUUUGAUAUCUGGUGUGUAGCAUCAUCUAGUGGUUCUCUACAAAGUGUUUUCAAAUUAUCCCCCUAGGGUCGAAUAUGGCCCCGCCCUUGGGGUCACUUAGUUUAUGUAGGCUUAUAUAGGGAAAACUUUGAAAAUAUUCUUGUACAAAACCACACGGCCUAGGGCUUCUAUAUUUGGUAUGUAGCAUCAUCUAGUGGUCCUCUACCAAGAUUAUUCAAAUUAUCCCCCUAGAGUCAAAUAUGGCCCUGCCCUGAGGGUCCCAAGUUUUACAUAGACUUAUAUAGGAAAAAAAGUUUUAAAAUCUUCUUGUCUGAAACCACAAGACUUAGGUCAUUGAUAUUUUGUUUGUAGCAUUGUCCUAUGGUCCUCAACCAAAACUGUUCAAAUUGUACCCCUGGGGUGAAAAGAGGCCCUGCCCUGGGGGUCCCAUGUUUUAUAUAGACUUAUAUAGGAAAAAACUUUAAAAAAAUCUUCUUGUCUGAAACCACACAACCUAGGCUUUUGAUAUUUGGUAUGGUGCGUUGCCUAGUAGUCCUCUACCAAAAUUGUUCAGACUAUGCCCCUGGGGUUCAAAGAGACCCCGCCUCGGGGUCACUUAAUUAUUAUAUGAGUUAUAUAGGAAAAAAUACUAAAAAAUUAUCUGAUCCUAUUUCCAAGAGUGUUAAAUAAUAAUUACCUGAUGACCCUAAGUAAUAUGAUGUCACUUGACUGUGACCUUGACCUUCUGACCUACUUUCUUUUUUUAAAAUACAGCCUUGAAAUUUGGAUGACAUGUAAAGUUUUGCACACCGAUCGUAAAACUGAAUUUCAUUGACCAUGAAUGUGACCUACUGACUUUCUUAAUAUUUGAGCAUCAGUUUGACAUUUGAAACAUGUAGCUCAUAUUACUCAGGUGAGCGAUCCAGGGUCAUCAUGACCCUCUUGUUAAUUUAUUUCAUUUGUUUUAGUUUAAACAUAUUUUUAUUCCAAAAAGCAUGAACAAUUUUCCCCUUAAAAUUUCCUCUUUUUUUUUUUGCUAAAUUUGAAAAGCAGAUUCUACCAAACUGGGAAAAAUCUCUAGGGUACGGGUUUUUAUCUACUGGUAGAUAUGAUUGUUUUACUCUCAAUAUUUAAUAGUGUAAGUAUUGUUUUAUAAUUCUACAAACCAGUAACUGACCAUAUGAUCAACUUCCAGCCAUUAUUACAUUAUAAUGUUACAUGUUAUAUUUUGUAAAUAUCUGAUAAUAUUACAUUUUGUUAAUGUCUGAAUAUGUUACAUUUUGUUAAUGUUUGAAUAUGUUGCAUUUUGUUAAUAUAUGAAUGUGUUACAUUUGUUUAUGUCUGUAUGUAGUAUGUUUUGUUAAUGUCUGAAUGUGUAACAUUUUGUUAAUGUAUGACUUUGUUACAAUUUGUUUAUUGUUUAAAUCAGUUAUGUCUAAACAUUUACAUUUUGCUCAUGUCUGACUUUGUAACAUGUAAAUGUCUGAAUAAUAUGUUACAUUUUGUAAAUGUGUGAAAAUGUGUUACAUUUUGUAAAUUGGAGAAUAUGCUAUAUUCUGUGAACUUUUGGACGUGUUACAUUUUGUAAAUGUCUUAAAUAUUUCAUAACGGAGAAAAAAGUGAUUAUAAGAUAAAAUGAUGGCAGACAACAAAGAUAUAAAACUUUAAAACUUAUUUUCUCUAAAAGUUGAAAAUUCCUGUUAGCACAGUUUAGAAUUAGGCAACAAAAUACUGAUAAGCAUUUAUUCCAUACUUUUCCUUAAGAAAGCUGUACAGAUAUUCAGUUACACAUUAGAAUGUCUGGAUUACUUUUUAAUAUUUUUACAUCAAUUAGUAAUCAAGGAAACGAAGUAUUAAGAAAAGUAAUAGUGUUUUAAAGUACUUUUAAGUAAAUGUACAGUUGUUGUGUGUAUAUCUCCAAUGAUGGUACAGUAUAUGCUUUAGAUGAACUUUCCAGCACUGUUUUAAUGUUCAGUCAAGAUGGGAAAUGUCUGGGACAGCUGGUCCCGGAAAUACACUGUGAGAAACUUCCAGAUCUAGAGUCGCUUUGCUAUGAUAGUAAAAACGAUUGUAUAUUAAUUGGCUAUUUGUCGUCUGAUACAAUGACUGUACUUCAUCUAAGUGGCUGAGGAAACUACUUCAUGUAGAUAAAGUUUUCUUAAUAGAGUGAGAAGACGUACACAGAGAAUAAGGAACAUACAAUUCAUUUCAGUUAGAGUACGAAUGAAGCCGUCCUCGCGCUUCAGAAUGAUGCCAGACAUAAAUGGCAUUACUAAUUACUUACAAAAUCUUGUACAAACUUAUGUUAACGACUGUAUGGUUGGUUUCGCUUCAGAAAAUGUAAAUGUAAUUUAGUUUCCUUCAACGUGAUUCGAUAUAGUGUUGAGAAAGUGUGGUGAAAAGAUUAGCUUUAAACCCAGAUGUAAGGCCUUAAGAUAUUGUUUGUCUACGGUAACGUACAAAAAUGGUAGGUAGCGUAGGUAGAUUUUUUAAUUCAUUUUAAUAUUUGUUAAUAGAAAUUAUAAUGGUCAUUGUUAAACAUAAGAUUAUAUUGAAAAAUUAAGUAGCUAAUUAAGUGUCAAUUUGCAUUUAUAUUGCCCUUUGAAAUUCCCUCCUAUUUGCUGAAUUUUGAAAAUUUUGCUACAAAACUGGGAAAAAUCUCUUGAGUAGAAGAGUUUGCUAGAUAUUCUUGGGUUACUCUCAGCAAACAAUAUUUAUUAGCGUAAGUACUGAUUUGUUCUAACUAUAACCAUAGUAACUGACCAUAUGGUCAACUUUCGGUCAUUAUUAUGUAAUAUGUUAUAUUUUGUUAAUAUAUGAAUAUAUUACAUUUUGUUAACGUCUGAAUAUGUUACAUUUUGUUAAUGUCUGAAUAUGUUUGCUUUGAUAA